AUACACGUAGCGAACCACUAGAGCGUAUAUACGGGAAAGAUUGCUUUCUUCGUAGAGGCACCCGCGAACCGCUGAGGCGAAAUUCCUCAAUGUAUUAUGUAAAUUUGCACGAUGAAUGAACCUUUAUGCCAAGGAGAGAAGGAAGGAACGAUACAUAAUUAAUAUUCUUCUCGCUUCGUCGUCCUUCGGUCGUUCAGGUGUUCAAGAAAGGUGACAGAAUUCCGUUUAUUGCACGUAUAAUAGCUUGAACGGUUCGAACGUUUCUUAUGCUUGACUUUUGUACUCGACGAAAGGACCCGUUCUCGCGAUAGAGAGCACUAGAAUAGGACGGCCAAACGUUUUAGGAAUGUUUGAUAUCGUUUUACAACGGACACGUCUCUUUCCUCGACCAUUUCUCUGCUUCAAGGAAGCUCCCUUUAUUGUUCUUCGAAGAAGAAUGCAUGUAAAGUAGAAUACGGAGCAAGAUUUUCCCGCGAGUACACGUAGAACCGUAGUUUGACGCGAAUGGUUAUUGUCCGCCGAUCUAGAACAGCAGUCUAAUAAUGCUAACCGCGCUGAUUCAAGUCCGCGGGGCGGCUAUAUUUGAAAGCGCACGAAUGUCAGUGAAUAUUGUAUGUUUCAUAAUUGAUCGACUGCUGCUCGGGAUCGCAGACAAAGCGGUUGACACGAAAUCGCUCUGAUUGUCACCGUGACAUCGGGCCGUAUUACUAACCUGCAAGAGCUUGCGAACACAGUUCAUGCAUUCCUGACACAGUAAUUGCCACUUGAGGUAGUAGGUUGCACUUGUAUUCCUCGGGUCGCAAGACUCGAUCCACUUGACGAAUUCGGACAAGACCCCGACGUAUAUUGUGCGAAUAAUACAUACGUUAUACAUGCAUACGUCCAUAGCUUUGCACGCGUUUCAGAAUGCAAUAAGAAAAAUUGGUUAGAUGGUCGAUGAUCAAACUCGAUGGUCAAGCAUCGUCGCGUACACGAACGUUCGAAUCGAUCCGACGACUGUUCUUACCCUGAUCUCGCGCGGCACCGUCGAGUUUGCUCAUCGAAUGGUAUCCCUUAGACGCAAGAUACGACACCCGUUUCACGAAGAUUUCGUGUAGAAACCCGCGAGAGAUACACACCCACGAGAAAGAUGUGCAGUUCUCCUUCUUCUUCUUCCGCAAUUACCGUAGCACCCGCUUUCGCUUCUGCGUUGCGCUUCGAUUCGCCGUAUCGACGCGAAAACCCAGCGACCAACUAUCUACCAGCAUCCGCUGAAUCGCGAGAGUACUGCGAAAGAAGGGUUGUAAGACUCGACUUGGUACCUGUUCAACUUACACAGGAAUGCGCCGAGGUACGGUAGCGUUUAGCAGUCAGCCGGACUUGGAGCCGGACGGUCCCAGAAGAAGUCUCGCGGACAUCUACAAGCUUCACCGUCGCCGGGAGACCGAGGGGCCGAACCGUUUGGGCGUUUUUCAGCGGCUGUUCAGCCUUUUCGGCAGUCGUCCGGCGAGCAGGAAAACGUCGACCGCGUCGUUCACGGGAGUGGCGUCAGCGCUCCGAGUACACAUGGGAUACAUCGCUGGUCUGGUGCCAGGGACGAAGGCCGCGUCUACCUGUCAGGUUAAUGCCCAAGGCGCCCGUCCACCUCAUCCCCGUUGUGGCUCAGGACCAAUAAUUAGUAUCACUAGCGAAGAGGAUCGCAGAUUAAGCCUCGGGCUGCGUCGUAAAGAGUGCAGCGAGCCCAGAGUCAAUUUUAGCCUACCACCCAAGGCGAGCACCAGCCAGACAUCCUCGCGAGAGAAGAUUCGCGGAUCACCGCGAUUCCCGCAUCGAAUAGUACCGGCGAACAGCCUGAACGCUAUCGCUUCCGGAUCAUCGAUCUCGAAGUCGCAGAGAUGGCAUUCAAUGGAGGACGCGAGACGAACGAAAGCCCCGCAGGGUCUCCGAGGCUUAACCUGCAGUCCCAGCUACGACGUGUGGGCGACCCGUGAAGUUGGAAUUCCAUUAAGCGAACUGGGAAACACCGCUCGAGGGAAAAAACCUCCGGAAUCGUUAGGCCUGCCCAGCACCGCGGAAUCUAAAGCGGGUCCCGAUGACACGAGACUCGGUAAUGAUUCAAGCACGCUCUUCAGGGGAAACGACAGCCCUGGGACCGCCAGUCCCGCUGAAUUAGAGAUGAAAUCUACCCGACAAGCUUCUCCCGCCUCGUCGUCGCCGGCUAACGUCAGAACGUCCGACGACACGAACGGCGCGACGCCGUCGAAAAUUGAAUCGCGUCCCAAGCCCGUGACUGGCACAGUUCAACUGGACGCGAGUACAAACUUUACUCGGGAACCGGAGCAUUCCCGGGUCCCGAGUCGACCAUCGAGUCCUAUUGUUCACGUGGCGAAUUUAGAUGAACCGGAAGCGGCGGACAAUCGCGCGAACCCGUCGUGCAAAGAUUGAUCGAACGACCGUCGCGCGGAAUGAAAUAGCGAGCGUUGCUUCAUCGUCGUGUUAUUUUUCUUCCUUUAUCGGUUGAUUCUCGCUUCGACGUCUACUCGUAGUAGAGAGAGAGAAAGGAUAAGAACGAUGUAUAGUAACAGGGCACAGAGACAUUUUGAGAGAUCGAGCGACACAUAGAAGUAUAUGAUCGGUUUAUUCUACGUUCUCCUUUCCUUUCGAAGGGAUCGCGCAAUCCUUCGCGCGCGCGACAAUCUUCUGCGCCCCGCGGCGGGUGCAGGAUCAAGCUCAAGCGAAGCUCAAAUGUGCGAGACUCGAGGACUAAUCGAUGUUUCAAUUUAAUCGUGUGUGUUCCGUAGCAGUUGUGCCAAAGACAUGAAUCCAGGACCCGUAAAAGUAUAUACAGCAAAUCGGGGGGGGACUACGUAUAUGGAUCGCGAAGGGACCAAAGCAACAAAUUCUUCUCUUCGUUGCGCGAAAUUAUUUUUAAUAAACGAUGAAAGUUCAUAAAUAUGACCGAUUCGUGCAGCCAAUCGAGAAUGCGACGACUAUGUUAACAGUUUUAUUGUCCACAAUAUCGUUCCAUGUACUUGUACGAAACGCACGAACCGUGCAAAUAUCGUGGAGAGCAAGCUGAGAGUACUCUUACAGGUCCAACAUCAAAGUGUUCAGUGCCCUAUAAACCCUUCCUUCAGUACCUGCACUCGAUGUAAUACUAAAAGAAAAAAAAUAUAUAUAUAUAAUUCUUCGUAACGCGGCAGAAUUGCGAAAAUACGAAUGUCAGUUCCCUCUGUAAAUUUUAAUGCGAGAUGUACUGAUAUUUUGAUGCUGCAACGCAUAAAGAAGCGUUAUGUAUACAUCUAUAAAUAUGUAGAUAAGAACAAAUGAAGCGCAACCGUACCCUCGUUUCGUACCUCGAAUAAUAUCGAUGUGUCAAUCAUUGAACCGCUAAUUACUAAGCAAUAAUGUUCGUCGGUGCAAUUAAAGACGGUGUAAUAAAGAUAAAUAUAUAUAUAUAUUCUAUGUGACUGUUAUCAAUGAGAUUCUUUUCUAUUCUCGAGGACAGAUACAUGUACAGAAUGACCGAAAGUAAAUUAGAAUAUUUUAUUUUCAUGUAUCUUUUGGUACAACGAUGUAUACGAAUUAGUAGAGUACAAAAAGUUAUAUCUGUUUUAAAUCAGAAUUAUUUACAUUAUCUUGUACUUGUAACCGCGGGACUCUGUAAAUACCAAAGGAUACAAUAGAUACAGAGCCACCUACGAUCGAGUAACACAAAGUAAAACCACAAAGUUCGCGAAUAAAUCGAACGAUCGGAUCUCAACGGAUCCGCGUUGUGUAAUGAAUCAAACGUACUUGGAAUACGACUUGUCUACGGUUACGCGCUCGUAUUUACAAGAAGCAUUACGUUUCGCAUUACGUUUCGUUAUUCUAAAACAA